AUGUCUAUUUCAAAUAGCGCUGCAAGUUUAACCGAGUUGAAUGUAAUAGAUACGCUGGAACAUGCCAGUAAUCCUCAGCAUGCAGGUUCUCAAGUUCAACGUUUGGCAGAAGAACAACUCAAAGAAUGGAGUGUUAUUCCAGGUUUCCAUUAUAUCUUACAAUCCAUUUAUUUGGAUUUAUCAAAUUCCUUACAAAUUAGAUGGCUAGCAGUCAUUCAAUUCAAGAACGGGGUUGAAAAAUACUGGAGAUCAACAAGGAUUAAUGCCAUAUCAAAAGAAGAAAAAGCAUCUAUUAGAGGCAGAUUGUUUGAUUUAAUCGAUGAACAAAACAAUCAAUUAUGCAUACAAAAUGCUCAAGCUGCAUCCAGAAUAGCUAGACUAGAUUUUCCAACUGAAUGGCCAACGCUAUUUGAGAAUAUUGAACAACUAUUAGAAAAUGAGCAUAUUAAUAGAGAUGAUAUUAAACUUUUUAAUAUAUUGGUACAUGUAAACCAAAUUGUCAAAAUUCUAGGAACAGCAAGAAUCGGAAGAUGUAAACCUGCAAUGCAAAGUAAGAUACCACUUAUUUUCCCCCUCAUUGUAAGAAUAUAUUUGCAUUCCUUUGACCACUGGACCUCGAGGUAUACUCAAAAUAAUGUAGCGAGAGAAUCUGAUGAAUUGACGAAAUUACAAGUUUCUUACCUUGCAUUAAAGGUACUAAGAAGAAUUGUAUGUGAGGGCUAUGAGAGACCACAUAAAGAUGAAUCCGUAUGCGAGUUUAUUAAAUUGACCAUAUCACAUUUUGAACUCUUAAUUGGAAAUCAAGAAAAUCUAGGAAAAUUGCAUGUUUACGAGAAAUUUAUAAAAUGUUAUGGUAAAUUAUACUACAACACUGUCACCGAUUCACCAGCAAAUUUCAUUUUAUUACCAUCUUCUACUCAGAUUUUAAUUGUAUACACCAAACUCUUAUUUGAAAGAGCACCAGUGGUAUACACAGAGAAUUCUGAUACAACCGGUGAUUUUUGGGAACAGACCGUAAUUAAAGGUAUCCUAUUGUUGAAAAAAGUAAUCAAUUUUGUUUGCAAGAAAAACGUCAUAACUUUACGUGCAAGAAGUGAUAAGAUUAGUGUAGAAGAAGCUAUUGAGAAAAUUAGUAGAGAAUUUUUAAAUGAAGAUCUAAUUAAAAAACUAGUAGACGUUUUAAUGAAUUGGUAUUUGAAAUUACGUCCUGCAGAGUUAGAGAAUUGGUUCAUAGAUCCAGAAGAAUGGAUUAAUGAGCAGAUGAUGACAAGUUAUGAAUAUCAGAUUCGUCCAUGUGCAGAAAAUUUCUUUCAGGAUCUAAUAAACAACUUCUCAGAGUUAUUAGUGCCAUAUUUAUUGUACAAAAUUGAAAAUGAAGCUGCUACUUUGACUAAUUCCUCAGAUGAUUUUUUGAAGAAAGAUGCCAUAUACGCUAGUUUCCAAUUGAGUAGUAACGUCGUCGGAGAUAAUGUCGAUUUUGAUAAUUUAUUAACCACUGUCUUUUUACCUGAAGCGUCUAAUACAAAUGUUAAUCCAGACCAAUUAAAAUUAAUUAGAAGAAGAGUAGCACUAAUUAUUAAUGAAUGGUCCACCGUGAAAUGUUCUGAAGCCAGUAAGAGUCUUUGUUACAAAUUUUUUGGUGAAUUGUUAAUAACUGAAAAGGACAAAGUAGUACUGUUGACUGUAGUUCAAGCUUUGAGAACAAUGAUUGAUGACUGGAAUUUUGAUAAGGAUACUUUCGAACCUUAUCUUAACGACAUCAUUACCGUUCUGUUGAGAGAAAUUCUUCCAUCAGUAUCCUUAACAGAGACAAGAUUAUACGUUCUAAACACAUUGACAGAUAUCAUUAUUCAAACGAAACCACUAUUAAAUAAAGAUUUGUUAAUCGAAAUCAUGCAACGUGUGCCUAGUUUAUGGGAAGUCUCUACUAAUAAUGCAUCAGAGACAAUUUUGUCUAAUGCGUUAUUGAGAUUACUAAAGCAUUUGGUGUCAUCAUUGGGCUCAUAUUCAUACUUGACAUGGGAAAUAUCUAUCCCAUUAAUUAGAUACGCGUGUGAUCCAUCCUCAAGUCAAUACCAGUUGUUAAAUGAAGACGGGUUUGAAUUAUGGAGUGCAUCGUUACAACAUUACUCAAUGAAAGAACAUAAUACCUUUGACCCUGAGUUUAUUGAACUAUUGCCAUUUUUAGAGUUUGCUGUCAACGCUAGAACUGAAAUUUUACCAACUUUAUUGGAAAUUGUUAAGAGUUAUGCCUUGAUUUUAAGCCAAACUGACUUUCUUUCUUCGGAUUCCAUGAUGAAAAUCUUCGAAGAUAUGGCUAAAUAUUUUUUGACAUUAAGAGAAGAUUCUUUCCAAAUUAUCUUGCAAAUUUGGGAAUUAUUAAUUCUUACAAACGAGUAUGAUGGAGAGAAUCUGUUGUUUACAAAGUUUUAUGAAACUGGUGUGACAAGGGCAAUGUUUGAUGCCAUUUUCUUAGAAGAAUCAUUAUCUUCGUAUCAGUGUGGACAAAUAUUCCAAAUUAUUGGUAGAUUAGGAUAUUUAAAUCCAGAUGCUUUGCUUGAAUCAUUAGCCCAAUAUCAUCGUUCGUUACCUACAAUGAAUGACAAUGCGCACCUUCCAUUGAAAAAUAAGAAAAGCAUUUUCAGUGAUAGUUCAUUUGAAAUUGUUGUUCAACGAUUCUUAUCUCAAUGGGUUGUUUGUUACAAAGAAAUUUAUGACCCUAAAUUCAAGAAAAUACAUAUCAUGGGUAUGUCUAGUCUCUUGAGAACCAAAAUGAUCGCCAUUAUUGGUGAUGUGGGGUUGAUAAUGUCAUUAUGGAUCGAUAUGAUGGAGGAAAUAAAUGAAAAUUCCAAUGGUGAUUGUGAAAAGUAUCACUUGAAUGAUAUUGUAACUGAACAAUCUCUUUCUUAUUAUCCUUUGACGAAUGAACAAUUAAGACAACAUGAAUUGGAAGAAAAAAACGACUUUGUACAUCAUAUCAGUUUUAAGGAUUUUAUUACCCAAAUUUUGAAAUUCUUGGAACAGACAUUAGGUAUUCAAGGAUAUAAUGAAUUAUUAGGUACAGUUAACCCAUCUUUAUUAGAAAACUUACAGUUAUUCUUAUCAGUCAGACCUCAACAAUGA